AUGGUGAACAAGAAACAGAACUACAGCAAACAGCGACUACAGGAAGAGUUGUCUCGUCUGGGUAAUGAGAUUGAAGAACUUCGAAUGGAGAGAGAGGAAUCAAAAAAGAAUGUUCUCCAUUUCGUACAAGAGGCAGACAUGGCCAGACAAGACCUUCAGCAUGCUCGGGAACAGAUCGCAAUUCUCUCCAGUAAACUAAACAAUUCAGAUCACAGUCCAGAUCUACCAUCACAAUCGAUUGAUGAAUCACAAGAGCACAAACAAAGCCAAGGGGACAAAAUCCUCCAAUUAGAGACCCUCCUUUCCCGAGCCACAGCUUCUCUAGUUGAGCAUGAAAAGGCGGCCGAAAUUCAUUCCAGGGACGCCCAAAAUGUAAUUGAGCUCACAGAUCAAGUAAAACAGCUAACGACUCAGCUGAAGGACUGUCAAGACACACUCGGUCGUUUAAACGAAUCCCAAAAGCUGAUCCAAGACGAGUUUGACCAAGCAAAGGACGAAAAUAGAGUCCUUCGACAGACACUAAAGGUAGAACAUGAGCGUGGAGAAAGACUGGAGAGUCAUUGGAAGUCAUCCGAGAAUGCACUCGAGCAAGCAGAGAUCAGAGUGGAAGUGCUGAAAAAGGAGAUUGAGGGUUUAAGGCAACAGCAGACCUGGAGUCCCAAGAUAGUUCAGUCCGACACGUCCAAAAUAGAAGCACUUGAGAAGUUGCAAAAGGCACUCCAGCAAAAAUAUCAAAUGAAUUUAGAGCAAUAUUCAGUUCUUGAACAACGCUUGGAGAAUGAAGUGAAAUCUCAUGCUCAUUGGAAAAAUGCAUACGAAGAAAAAUUAAAGCUCCUGACAUUACAUCAAGCAAGGGAAGAUGAGCAUAACGAGAUGUUAGAUCAGUCAAAAGUGCGUGAACAGCAUCUUCGAACAAUAAACAAGACAUUACGUGAUGAGAUUCGUAAAAUAUCGCGCAAUCGCCGAGAGGUGGUUAAUGUAGAAUAUCUACGCAAUGUUAUAUUAACAUUCCUAGAAAAGAAACAGACGAGGUCCCCGUCCUCUCAACCUUAUUACAAUGCUCCAAUGUGGACCAAGCGCACCUUUACAGCCUUGUUCGAAACAAGACAGCAUCAUAAACAAAUCAUUCUCUCCUAG